AUGUCGCAAACGACAAGACAUUCCUCUCAGGUGUAUUUUGACAUUGCCCGACCGGAUAUCCCCAUCGACUGGGCCGAGCUCGACGCUGGAUGUGGAGAUGAGAUUCGAAUGGUCCACUACAAAUUUGACCGAGAUUUUCUGAAGGCGAAGCGAAUCGGAACUCGACUCACUUUUGCAGUUGGUCCUCAGGAGCUGAAGGGAUUUCGAAUGAUCGAGAGACAUUACUUUCGUGGCAAGCUGAUCAAGUCUUUCGACUUUGAUUUUGGAUUCGGUAUCCCAAAUAGCGUCAAUACAUGGGAAAACAUAUAUGAGGUUCCUUCACUUGAUGCUAGGACAAUUCAAGAAAUGAUGAAAUGCCCAAAUGAAACCAUCUCCGAUAGUUUCUACUUUGUCGACGGAAACCUCAUCAUGCAGAACAAAGCGUACUUUUCCUAUAUAUGACGGACAAGAACUGAAGUCUCGGGUCGAUACAUGGCCGCUUGGGCGUACCGUUCAGAUCGCAGACGAAGCUCUCACCUGUAGUCCAUCGUUUCAGCCGUUACACAUGACACAUGAGCAAACGAUGCACUGUCCCAUUGGAACGAGCAUGUAAUCUGUGG